AUGGAGUAUCAAAUAGUUUCUAACGUCUCCGAUAAAAUGACCCUUUUCAUCGAUAAUGACAUGACGGUUGGGGAGGUGCGGACCAUUAUUGAUGUCAUGCUAGAUGUCUCGGCCGACCUUGGUAGGAGCAUGUCAUACAAUGGCAAACAGCUCACUCAGGAUGAGCUCACCUGGCUGGAGAUGAUAUCGAUGGUGGAUUCGAACGCGCAAAACCCCUCCGGGAAUGACAGCGUUGGGGGGAGUCUUUCGCGGAAGAUCUUCUACCAUGUUGGGGGCCGCAGGCCGCAAGAAGGGGCCAAUCACGAGGCACUGCGCGCGGCCGUCUCCGGGAAUGAGCGGCUCCAGCGGGAGCAGGCGCGGUUGAUGGAGCCGAUGCUCGACACGAUGGCCCAGAACCCCGCCUUCAUGGAGUCGAUCCUGAACAUGAAUCCGGCGCUCAAAAAGAUGGCCAAAGAGCAUCCCGAGGUGGCGAAGCAGAUGCGGGACCCGGAGACGAUCAAGAUGAUGAUGAUGUCCCAGUUCGACCCGGACCGGCGCCGUGAGCUCAACCGCCAACUCGAGCUCCAGCUCGCCCAAAUCUCGGACAUCCCGGGAGGGCAGCAAGUUUUAGAUCGCUAUUUGUCGGGGUUUCUGCGCGAUACCGAGACGGUUGGUGCACAGAGCGAGGCGGAUUUGCACACCGUCAGCGAGGACGUCGCACGGCCGAAUCCAUUGAAGGAGUCCAACUGCGAGGCCUUGCCGAAUCCUUGGAAAGUCACACCGCAGCCGGAGGUCUGGGCGCAUCCCGCGCCGAUGUCGAUGCCCUUUUUACCAUCUAACCCCUUUGAGAUGGGUGAGAUGGGGAUGGAAUCCCAGGGCUCUACGGCGGGAAUCAUGAAUAACCUUAUGGCGUCUCUUGUGCAAGAUCCAAACCUGGCGCAGGAGUCGAUGAGGAUGUCCGCCGCAAAUCAAAACACGAAUACUAAUAUUAAUUCUAACAAUUAUAUACAUUAUCAUCCUACGGUGGAGUCUGCAAUGACAAAUAGUCAGGCAAAUACCAAUGCCAGCGGGAGUUUUGCAGCUUCACCGUUCUUUUCAGAAGAAAAAAAGAUAGCAUACGAACCUCAACUGCGUGCUUUGAAAGAUAUGGGGUUUGAGGACGAAUGGCUUUGCUUAAAAGCUUUGGAAGCCACUAAUGGUGAUGUGGAGGAAGCUCUUGCAUACAUUGCUGAGAGUCAAUCGAAUUGA